AUGGAAGCCGGAUGGAGGAGUUCUUUCAGUUCUAGUUGCAGCUGCGGCGAUGGCGGAGUUGGCGGUGGUGGUGGUGGUGGUGAUAGCGGGGGACAGAAUUGUAAUUUCUCAGCAAACAAUGCAUGGGAUAUCUGGGACAUUGGUACUCCUACUACCACUACUACUAACACUGCUUCUGGUACACGUUAUGAUUGGGGCAAUCACGACGCCAGUAGCAUUUCAAGCGCCGCCGCUGCCGCCAGGGGAACGGAGGAGAGUGUGGUCCACGCGCUUCUAUUUGGUAUGACCAGUACUGGCAACACCACCAUCCAAAACAACGCCGGCUUCGGGUCGAAUUCCAUCCACCAGCGGAUGCCUGACCCGCACAUGAUGUGUUUGAAGCUGGGGAAGAGACACUACUGCGAGAACUCCGUCGUACCUGACCGACAUAUGGAGGCGGAGUCAUCCUCCUCCACCAAGAGAGGUAAACCACCGUAUCCGUAUCACCUGACUGAUACCGCAACAACAACCACCAUCACCGUGUGGCCGUCUUCCCCGGCAGCGGUGGCGCCGAGAUGCCAGGUGGAGGGGUGUGGCGUGGCGCUUUCUGACACCAAGGAGUACUACCGGAGGCACAAGGUGUGUGAAAUUCAUUCAAAGGCUCCAAAAGUUGUGGUCUUGGGGCUUCAACAGAGAUUCUGUCAACAGUGCAGCAGGUUUCACCGCGUGACGGAGUUUGAUGAAGCAAAGCGGAGUUGCAGAAGACGACUUGAAGGACAUAAUCAAAGAAGAAGAAAGGGUACCCUUCCGAAUUCUCUUCCUCGAAACUUCCCUAAUUCUCAAGGUACUUUAAUGGCGGAACGGCAACUUCGACAAUCACCAACGUCACCGCCUGCAUACCUGCAGAAGCCAGGAUGUGCUCUCUCUCUUCUGUCAUCACCGAAAACUGAACCCUGGAUGUCCUCCGGCGACCUGUCGUUAAGAUGCAGCGCUGCGCUUUCUGACCUUAUUGCUGCGAACCGAGCAACUGCAGUUGUCGGACAUUUCUGGAAUCAAAAUGGUUCUCAACAACAAGUUAUUGAGAAUAUGAUCCACACACCACCUGACACACAAAUGUGGGAUCGAUCAUUCAACGAUGACGAUCAUACGACCAUGACGCUUGACCUAAUGCAGGCUAGCUCCAGCUUUGGAUUUUGGCCUUUUGUCCACCAAGGAGAAGUCUAG